AUGUAAAUUAGCAUGGAUUUUGUAGUUUCAAAUUCAACACUCAAGGCCCAAAACUCCAGAUAUAGAUAGGAUCGUAGCGCGUUUUUGGCCUUCCAUCUUGUUGAAGAUAAGGCAAAAACAUGACCAUUCACUUAACAUACAACUCUUUUUUCCUUCACGACCAGUAGCAUUCUCUCUGAACUAUACAGAGCAAACUUUACCAAUCAAAUGGAUUGCAGGUUCACCUCUACUAAUCUCUCAAUCCCCCACAAGCUCUCAACCUCCAAAUCCCACAAACUGCCAACUUCUUUACUCGGAUGUUGCAAAGCGCAAAGCAAGCAAGAGUCUUCUUCUACUGCUACUUCAACACAACCUCAGCCUCAAUCCACUACUACUCCGUACAAAAUCAGGUUUCAAACUCUGCAGGCAUGCACGCUUGGGAUCUCCAGAUACCCCGAUUUUGAGUACAAUGCUGAAGGAGGGAUUGGUACUGCGACGGGUGAGAAAUUGGCGACAACGGGUGAAGAAUUGUUGGUAAAUUUCGACAUUGAAAGCUUGUAUAUCCCAGCUCUAACAGGGGCGACGACAAGGUUCUUAGGGUCGCCUUUGCCGCCAUUUUUGAAGAUUGAGAUUGCUCCUGAGGACUUCAGAGGAUGUAUUAACAGUGAGAGCGGCAUGGUUGAGCUAGAAUUCAAAGCCAAGUUCAGGUUCUCAAUAGGAAGUCUUUAUAAAGCUCCUCCAUUAGUGGUGAAAACCACACUGACAUCUGAGGAAUCCAAAGGAUUGAUACGAAGCGGUAAAGGCAAGAGGAUGGACGGAGAGGGGCGGUGCAGGUUAGUCGGAGUGGCCACCGUUGAUCCUGUCAAUGAUCUUCUUCUUGAUUCCUUCCUCGGUCUUCCGACGGAAUGCAUUGCUGAUCUUAAUGCGCAAAUUUCUGUUAAUAGCUAAAACUGAGGGUUAGCUAUUAAAUUUGAUGUUUCUGUACAUAUACAGAGUAUUUAAACUAUUGUAUCUUCCAAAUAAAUAAUAAUAUUAAGGAAAGUAUUUUUCUCGUA